UGAGUAUUACGCUUAUCGGUCUCAUUCAUAUUGCUGAAAUAGUGAAUUUCCAUUCCAGUUUGUGUGUUAGGACUGAGAUAUCGAUCCACGAAUGGAAAAUGAAGAAGAAGCUAAGCCUCGCAGACAGAGACAUCAAUCAAGCAACGCUGAAAUUUUAAUCACUCAACCAGAACUCUAUCCACCGUCCAUGUGUCCCGAGCCCACACCUGACCCAGAUGAACCCAAUCUCACGGAGUCCAAACCCGCCUUGAAACAUACCCAGAUCUUCAAGGCUCUGGAAGUCGUCGAGAGGGAUUCACUGGCCAUCGCCGAAAGCUUCACCAGUCUUUUCGCUUCUCUUCGCUUGGCUCUAUCCGAGUUGCAGGUUACUAGCAGCUCGGUUGAUCAUAUGAACUGUUUUGGUGACGCUGCCGGCCGUCUUCAAGAAUCGGUGCUUGAUGCAGCAACGAAGGGAAAUCGGUAUAUAAAUUCGUGUCUCAGAUUAAACGAGGAAAUGAAGGGUAUUGAUAGCUUAGCUGCACAACUAAAAGUCCUGAGGAGAAAUGUGGAUGCGCUGGACACAGCUGUGAACAGGCUUCUCCGUUUUCCAUGAUGCAGAGCUGCUCAACUGAUUAGUUGUCAUUUGGGACUUCUAAUACAACUUCACUUGUAUCCAGUGCUACUUUUGUUUGAGAAGUUUCAAGCUGCCUGUUAAUAACGUAGUUUUUUUAGAACUCAGGCUGAACUUCUGAACAUAUCGCUGAACUAUCUCCACAGCCGCUCCAAAUAUAGGUUCAAGAACAACUGUUUUGUACCAUAGGAUUUAAAGCAUGCACUUUUUUUUCUGCCCAGUGAUUGUAUUGGCAUUCUGGAGUUGGCCUUUUCAAUAGUUGUAGAAAAAUUGAAGGUAACA